AUGUUGCCAGAACCAAUAUUUGCUAACCUUGCCCUGGUAACCCCUGAGAAGGAACUACAACGCCAAAUUGAGUCCUCCCUGGAUCAAGACGAAUCCCUGUGGGAAAUCCUACAGUUCCUACAAAACAAGUCCAAGGCACCACCCUCCAUUAAACGCGCAUUCAAAGAUCACAAAAUGGAGGCCGGCCUGCUAUUUUACCAAGGACAAAUUGUAGUACCAGACGUAGGGACCCUAAGGACAGACCUACUUUGGAUCUUCCACGAUAGCCCAUUGGCGGGUCACCCAGGCAGACAAAGGACCCUAGAGUUGGUAUCCAGGACUUACUACUGGCCCGGCAUCCGUGCCAACACAUACUGGCACGUUGACUCAUGCAAAAUCUGCCAACAGAUCCGGAAACCUAAGUACGCGUCUAUACCACCUCAGCCCCUGGAACUCCCAUCACGCCCGUGGCAACAUGUGUCAUAUGAUAUGAUAGUGGACCUGCCCAAAGACAGAAAUAGUGACUCUAUCCUGGUCAUUGUGGAUAGUGUUGUAGACACAAUCAAUACCAGGGAAUUUAUUCCCAUUUUCUCGAAUUUAAACGAAGGCAAACAAACGACUUUUUCAAUCACGUGA